AGAAGAAGCGAGGAAGAAGUGAACCAAGAAAAGACACAGCUAGAAAAAGAGACAAGGCAGAACAAGAGAAGGCCAAAGAAGACGAGACGAAGACAAAAGGCAAGAAGAGGUGAAACAAGACAUAACAAGACACAAGAAAGGAAGGGAAGGGAAGAGAUUUCAAAAGGACGAGAAAAAAAGACGAAGGACAAGGAAAGCAACGAUGGGAGGCAAGACCAAUUAAAGCAAGAGAGGGCAAAGCAAAGAAAGGAAACCAGUUAAGGUGUCACGUCAAACUUCAGUGUACCAUCGAGAACAUCCGAGGGAAGCCAGAGAAGAAUGGCAUGCGAGGCAUUCAGCUCCGACUCCUUCACCCAACUUUCAGGCGAUUCACCCUUGCCAAUCCUCAUGCACCAUGCCUCUCCCGGCGACUGCCUGCCAGCCAGCUCCCAUACUCACAGCAUGGUUUCUGCAGUAUCAUCUGGACUGUCCCUGGGUCAGCCCACCAAGCGCUCCCACAUGCAUUUGUCCACAUCCUCCCUCGGCAACGCCCCUCCCGGCCUACAUUACCCAGUUGCCUCCUGUCACUACAGCAACCAGCAGGCCACCUACGGCAUGAUGGCAGCUCAAGAGAUGCUCUCUGCCAGUAUUUCUCAGACUCGUAUCCUGCAGACAUGUGGUGUCCCUCACCCCAACAUGGUAGGCAGUGCAAACUCAUUGCAAGGGUCUCUUACUCCUUGCUUGUACAAGUUUCCAGACCAUGGUCUAAGUAGUGGUUCGUGUGCACUAAGCCAUGGUUUCUCCUCACUGGCACCGGCCCUCCUCUCCACUGAUGAGGCCCCUGGGGGCCUGAGUAUUGGAGAGAUGAAAACUGACGGCCAGAGGAGGAGCAUGCGGGAGCCAGAAGAUGCCCCUGCCAUGGACUCCCCGCAGAUCCGAGAGCUGGAGAUGUUUGCCAAUGACUUCAAAAUACGGAGGAUCAAACUCGGCUACACACAGACUAAUGUAGGUGAGGCUCUUGCUGCAGUGCAUGGCUCAGAGUUCAGCCAGACCACAAUCUGCCGUUUUGAAAAUCUACAGCUGAGCUUUAAGAACGCCUGCAAACUCAAGGCCAUUCUGGCUAAAUGGCUUGAUGAAGCUGAGCUGGCUGGGGCCUUGUACAAUGAUAAAAUAGGAAUGAAUGAGCGGAAGAGAAAAAGGAGAACUACUAUCAGCUUGGGAGCUAAGGAAGCUCUGGAGCGCAGCUUUGUGGAAAAGAGUAAGCCAUCCUCCCAGGAAAUAGCCCGGAUAGCUAAAGGCCUCCAUCUGGAGAAGGAGGUGGUCAGGGUCUGGUUCUGCAACAGACGGCAAAGAGAGAAACGGGUCAAAACUAGCCUCAACCUCAGCUCCUGUUUGACCAAACUCAGCCCACACUGCAUUGUACAGAUGAGUAAAACACAAAGACCAAUGACAUAGUUUAAGAUCCAGCUAGUGUCGCUCCCCUCAAGUCUGAUAGAGCCUCCUGCCUGACCACAGCCAGUGAAUAUGGGGGAUUUCUAAGUCAAAUGUCUGACAGAAAUGACUCCACCAUGAAGCGGGAGAAUUAAAUCAACAGAGAACACUCAAUAAUAACAACUGCCCUCACACUGCAUUAAGCAGCUACUGACUCAAUUGAAACUAUUUCAUUGACACUGAGAUGAUAAUGUAUGUCCUGUGAAGGUCUGCUUGAUAAAAAAAACAAGUGAGAACGCUCCAACUCUAAGAAAACAGGCAUCAUUGUUUGCAACUUAACUCCAAAGGGACUAAUG